UAGAUAGAUAGAGACAGACAGACAGAUAGAGAGAGAGAAGGACAGAUAGACAGACAUACAGACAGACAGAUGCCCUGGUGCACACGUGUGCAGUCGUGUCGGAUGGUGGCGCUCUUACUGUGUCGUAGUGCCACUUGUUGUCAGCUGCCGCCUGCUAUCUGCUAUCUAACCGAGGGGGGUCUGCUGGAUUCAGUCUGCUCUGAAACCGGCUGCGGACCACAUGAAGUCUCCAGUGAUGCGAUGCCUCCAAAACAGCUCGUUCAACUCCAGAAGAAGAGCGCAGUCUGAUCUGGUCUUCUUCAUUUCGGCACCUCCUCCUCCUCCUCCUCAUCUCUACUUUUCACCUUGAUGCCACAUUUAACAGCGUCCUUCCCCGCGCGUCUCUCGGUCUGAAAGUUUGCUUUUUUUGAAACAAACAAACAAAACCCGAAUUGAAAGUGGAAAUGAACCACAGCGCGUUCAACCACACGGAGGGCGGACUGCUCAACAGGACCGAGGAGUUUCUGUGCUGUAACUUUUCCUCCGUGGUGACGGAUAACGGCUUCGUGUCCGCGGCUCCGGACGAGAGGAGCCUCUUCGUCACCCGCGUGGUGCAGAUCGCCGUCAUGUGCGUCUUGUCCCUCACGGUGGUCUUUGGCAUAUUUUUCUUGGGUUGCAACCUGCUCAUAAAGUCGGAGGGAAUGAUCAACUUCUUGGUGACGGACAGGAGACCUUCCAAAGAAGCCGAGGCAGUUAUUGUGGGAGCCUACUGAUGAGCCACCACCUCCCUGGGGGAUUUGAAUCAGAUCUGAGGACAUGGAUGGGGGGCAUGGAUGGGGGGGCAUGGAUGGGGGGACAUGGAUGGGGACACGGUGCGACGCACGAGGAAAAACUGCCUGAACGAGCCCCUGUUUAAUUAGGAAAUAACCAAGCCGUGCUGGUGGAUGCGGCUCACGGGGUUUUCACCUCAUUCCCUGUGGCCGUCCGUUUAUUGCCGCCAAAGACUCGUUUAUCUCCGAUUACAAUAGUGCGUUUAAGCCUCUCUGAUUAUAAAGUAUUCUAUCAAAGCACUGUUGUACUUUCAGUAGUUUGAGCACCUGUUUUGUCGAGCAGCAUCCCAUUAAGGGGCAAAGUCGUGUGUUGCUGUGUGAAAACACCCUCUCAGAUUGCAAAUGCAAUGGAGAAAUUAAUGUUCGAACAUGUACUGUAUCUUGUAUGUGUUUUUGCAUACAAUAUGCAACGUAUUAAUCAGUGUAUUUCUCUUGAUUUCCUGCUGUAGACUGUAUGAGUGUGGACGUGGGUGGCGGAGAACAGCCCAGCAUGCCGUGUAUCCUGUUAAUUGGAGCAAAUUCGUUCUGUAAUUAAAGUUUUCCUCUUAAUUAAAGUCUAUUUUUGUUCCGUAAACAUUGCACUCACGACGUCCUCUGCUAUAGAGAUUUAGAUUGCAGAACAAAGCAAUUUGAUGCUGCAGACAUUUAAGAACCAGAAUAUGUUGUAAGUGGAAUCAAACCCAACAGGCAGACUGGUGUCUUGUGAGCAUCCAUUGGUUCAAAUGGCAUCAACACUGUGAUUUAGGGUGAAGAACAAUAUGCCUACGAUCACUACGGCAACAAUUUUCUUCAUUAGUCUUCCCCAUGAAUAGUCCCAAUCUAAAAUCUAUUUCUAAAUAGCUCAUCUUCAUUCAUUAUAGAUAGUCCAAAAAGUCUUUUCCAUUAUCUGAGGGUAUUGUGUAAAUUUCUAUUUCCUGCCAGGGUCAAGUGUUACGUCCUUCCUGCUUCCUCUCAAAGCAUCUGUUGUGUUCUGCUCCUCACCUGGACGCCGCUCUCUCCAGGGUGCAGCCGGCAGCUUUAGAAAGGACUUGUCUCUUGUCAACCCGGGGAAGAUGAAGCCACCGGGCAAUAUGCUGCUGUCUGAUUGGCCACCUGUGCCUCAAGAGCAGAAGUGAAUAGUUUGAAUCUUGCAUUUUCAAAAAAUUUCCAUCGCGCCCCAGUCGAAGAAAUGUAUUCAGUCGCCAAAAGUAUUACGAUUAUGGGUUUUUGAACUCUAAAAGAAAAAAAAAGGCAACGAUUUCCCGAGAUUUUCACAAGAUUACAAUAUGUGUGUGUCUGUUUGUGUGUGUUUUAUUACUCAAUAUAACAAACACACCGCAGUAUUUAUUAAACUAUUGUAUAAUACA